AUGUGCCAUGUACGCGCUGUUGCAUUCCCUUUAUAUCCCGCCCAUUGCAAGAAUAAUUCAAGAAAGGCUGGCGAAGCCCGUGGCUGCGUGGUCACAAAAAAAAAAGCCUGCCACUUCACCACUACACCCGCACCUACGUUCGCAUUCUGUGUGUUGCCCGAUGGCUCGAGUGUCAAUAUAGCGGCACACGCCGGCGACAUAGUCGGCGGUUUGUGGCGCCUUUGUCUUCAGGAUGAAGGCAAUUGUCUGCUCAGGAAGCAAUUGCCUCUUGAGCGUGGCCAGAUCGCGUUCGCGGAACUCGUCGUCAAUGGGCGUAACAGGGACCUCAUGGAUGGCGAAUGCGUUCGGCCCAUCAAAUACUCAAAGAUUUUGCUUUUGCCCGUCUGCCAGUCCGGCGCCCUCCUUCCUCGAACAGCGCAUCGCCCCCAAAACACUUGCACCUCGUUCUUGUUCCUCCAUCGCUUUCCCGCCGUCGCUGCACAUAGUCGUGUCGUCAGAAGCAGCGACAUCGACUUCACCGACAUCCAGGAAUCUCGAGAGAUCGCCUGGCUGGCCACCACGGCUCGUGAAGCAUUGCAGCCAGUAAUCAGAGCUGCUCCUACCUUAACUCGUGCUGAGACUCCGUCGGGCAAGGCGACCCCGAGAAAGGCGCGCAAAGCUCCGACCCGAGUUGUGCAAUCUCGCUCGGCUGCUGCUGGCGAGAGCAGCAACAAGGUCAAAGCGUACCCAACUCUCAGCAGCGCUAUCGCCAAGUACGAAUAG